UAAUACUUUAGGGGUUCAAUCGGGACCGUCGAAAAUGACACGUGUCAAGAGCAUCACCCGACAAUGACUUUCUUUCAGCUGGAGAUAAUUAUAUUCUGCGUAAUGUUCACGCAGUCGCAGUCAUGGACCAGACGGCAUUCACGAAAGCUCCUCGAACUCCUCUUCUUGCUGCUCUUCGGAUUAUUGGAAAUCACGCAAAAUGAGAGAUCCUCUGCUUGUUCUGCGUUGAUCAUUUCUCCGAUUGUGCGGAAGGGGAAUUCCAAAGAUGGCUGCAAACUACAGGUUCACAAUGGACCAAAAGGAUAUUGUCAGGUUAUUGGUAACAACUGUAGGAAGUUUCAUCCAAGAUCGACUAAUUGACAAAGAACAGAGAGCCAAACAUAAAGAGCAGUGUGCAGAGCGAUUAGCAGCUGAGGAUGGAAGCUCUCACAAAGACAGAGAGGUCCAGUACUCUGACCAGGCGGUGUUGGCCAAUUUGGACUGGGGCAUUGAAGCCCUUGAAGAAGCUAUCAACACCUCCAAUAUGGAAACUAAACUUGCACGGCUAGACCAUGCAGAGAAGAUGCUGCAAGUUUGUGCCUUGUUGAAUUCUCACCAUACAACUGCUGGUGUUCCUAAUUUCUAUCUUUCUGCAUGGGCUCAUCUAAACCUUUCAUAUCUUUGGACACUGCGCAGCAAUGUCCAUAAUUCAGUAGUCCAUCUUCUUGACAUGUUUAUUGUUGAUCCUUUUUUCUCCCGGAUUGAUUUUGCUCCUGAACUUUGGAAACAACUCUUCCUUCCACACAUGAGCUCAAUUGUUGGGUGGUAUGCCGAGGCAAGGCAAAAGCUUAUGAUGGAAGUAAUUCCUGAUUCUUCUGAUUUGUCUUUUACUGCUGAUCUAAAUCAAUGCUUCAAUGAUUCUUUAAUCUUCUCUAUGAGGCCGGAUCAAGUGGAGAAACUGCAAAACCUGGAGCAACUUUACAGAGAAUACCUGGAUGAGAAUACAAGGCUUUUUGCUAAAUAUUACAAAGACUGCAUGAAUUCUGAUCCAACCUCUGCCAAGAAGGUCAUUCCAAUGUUACCCAUUGCAGAACCACCGGCAACCCCUUUGCAUGAGGUAAGUCGAUUCAUACCCGAGUUUGUAAAAUUUGGUCCCAUCUUGCCUAGGAGUGCAGGGUUUUCUCCAAUUAUUCAAGCCAAAUAUGCUGCGAGAGAAGCAAGCAGAAUGAACACAUCAGUCUCUGGACAGAAUCAAGACGAGUCUUCUAUUUGGGAUCCACAAGAUAGCUUGCUUGAGGAGAAUGAAGAUGAAUUUGAUUUCAAGCCUAAUGAUGAGAAUAUGGAUUCUGAAAUUAGAAAUCAAGAGCUACUAUCUCCUAAUGGCAUGAAACUUUUUGAUGAUCACGAAACUGGGUCAACCAUGCAGACAACUAAAUUGAAGAAUCAAAAUCAUUCCCCAAUGACUUUCUCUCCCAUGGAUUUUCCUAAAGCUCCAUCUAUGAAGAUUCCGUCCCCAAAACCAGACAUGCAUUGCAAAAAGGGAUCAAUAACUGUACUGCGCCUUUUGUCACGCCCUAUUGCAGAUUCCAACAUUUCAACCUCCUUACCUGCAUCUCCACAAUUGAGUAAUGACUUCAGUGUUAGCUCAGCAGACUCAGAGAGUGAAAUGAUUGAAUUUCAGACAAUUUGCGGGAAAGACUAUGUUGGGACAAGGAGUACAAGUUAUGAGCAUGUGAAUAUCAAAGAAUUAGAACACAGUUCCCUUGUUGGAAGUGAUGAAGGAAAUCAAAGCUGCAUUUCCCUUCCCUUGUCUGAGAAGACUUCACGAACAAGACCGCCAAAAGAUUUUGUCUGUCCUAUCACAAGCCAGAUUUUUUAUGAUCCUGUUACCCUUGAAACCGGUCAAACAUAUGAAAGAAAAGCAAUUCAAGAAUGGAUAGAUAGAGGAAAUACAACAUGCCCUAUCACUCGACAACCUCUUUCUGCAGGUGUACUGCCCAAAACAAACUAUGUCCUUAAAAGACUUAUAACCUCUUGGAAAGAACAGUAUCCUAAUCUUGCUCAGGAAUUUUCUUAUUCUGAAACGCCAAAGAACUCUUCUAAUUCACCCCACACGAAAGAAACUCCAUUAUUUACCCCUCCAAGAAAAGCCUUCAAUUUUCCUAGUCAUAAGAUCACAGAUGAUUACACUAAUCAAAGGACAAAGCGAUUUACACAAACAGCAGUCUCGACAUCCCCAACCAGUGUGCUAUCUCAAGCUACUAUUGAAACGAUAAUCAAUGGUUUAAAACCUCAUGUUUCAUGUGUAUGUACUUCGGAAAAUUUGCAAGAAUGUGAAGCAGCUGUACUAUCUAUUGCCAGAUUAUGGAAGGAUUCAAAGGGUGAUCCUGCUAUUCAUUCUUAUUUAUCUAAACCAACAAUUGUAAAAGGGUUUGUGGAGAUACUAUCUGCAUCUCUGAGCAGAGAAGUUCUCAGAACAGUCGUUUACAUUCUAUCGGAGCUGAUAUCUGCAGAUGAAAAUGUUGGGGAGACUUUAACCUCUGUAGAUCUUGAUAUUGUUUGUCUGGCUUCUCUGCUAAAGAAAGGACUAGUUGAGGCUGCUGUUCUUAUUUACCAGUUAAGGCCAGAGUCUGCUCUGCUUUCAGCAUAUGAUUUUAUACCUUAUCUUGUCCAGCUAAUCCAGAAACAAAAUGAGUUGUCGGAUGACCUUCAGUUUGUGAUGGAGCCCAAGGAUGCUGCUCUAGCAAUGCUUGAGCAGAUAGUGAUGGGAGGCGAUGAAAACAGUAGAUCCCUUAAUGCCUUAAGCCUUAUUUCUGCUAAUGGGCUUCCUGCUCUAGUUAAGUGCCUAGAUAAUGUAGGAGGAAAAAUCUCUAUUCUCUCCCUCCUUUCAUGUUGCAUGCACGCUGAUAAAAGUUGCAGGAACCUUGUAGCAAAUAGAUUGGAGGUGUCUGCUGUCCUAGAACUGUUUCAUGGUGGAAAUGAUUGCGUGAAAGCAAUAUGCAUAGACUUUCUCUCGCAGAUAGUUCAGUUGAACAGGAGGAUGAUGUGCAAUCAUAUAUUGCAGAAAAUUAAAGAUGGAGGAGUACUUAGCACCAUGCAUGCUCUUCUUGUGCAUCUUCAAACAGCCUCCAUUGAACAACAACCGGUCAUUGCUUCUCUCCUUCUCCAGCUUGAUCUCCUGGUUGAGCCCCACAAAAUGAGCAUUUAUAGAGAAGAAGCUAUAGAGACACUGAUUGAAGCACUUUACAGAAGGGACUUCCCUAAUUGUCAAAUGAAAGCUCUAGAGGCUUUGUUAUCUCUUCCUGGUCGUCUGACUUCAUCAGGUUUGUCCUAUAUUGAAGCUUGGUUACUGAAGAUUGCAGGGCUUGAUGAAGCAUAUAAUUCUUUAGUGAAGGCAGAGCAACCAGGGAAGAGUGACAACCUGACAGAAAUAAUGGAAGAAGAGAAGGCUGCAUUCUUUUGGGAGAAAAGAGUAGCUUUUGUCCUUUGCAAUCAUGAAAAUGGUUCUAUUUUUAAAGCUUUGGAGGAAUGUUUCAAGGUUAAUUCCUUAGAGAUGGCAAACUCAUGCCUUAUAAUUGCCACGUGGCUCACACAUAUGCUGUCUACUCUUCCUGAUACCGGUGUUAGAGAUGCUGCUAGUAAAUCUUUGCUUGGCGAAUUUAUACAUGUUCUCCAAUCAUCUAAAAAUCUUGAGGAGAAGCUUUUGGCAACUCUUGCUUUGAAAACCUUUAUUAAUGAUCCAGUUGCACUUGAAGAACUGGGAAAAUAUGCUAAGUGUAUCUACAAAGCCUUGAGAAAACUCAAAAGAAAUUCAGCUGUAGUUGCUGAUGUGAUAAAAGCUUUGACGAACAUGUCCUCUGUUAAUGCAACAGAGUUGUGGAAUUGUACUGAAGUUGUAGAGUUAGAUUCUUGCGGAAAUGGUGAAGUUUUAUCAUUGCUUCACCUGAAAGGCCAUAUUUUCAGUAGUCAUUCUGAUGGAACUAUAAAGGUUUGGGAUGCUGGAAAGAGGGUUUUAAGGUUGAUUCAAGAAGUUCGUGAACACAAGAAAGCUGUCACUUGCCUCUAUGUUCCAAAAUCAUGUGACAAGCUCUAUAGUGGUUCCUUGGACAAAACGAUCAGGGUGUGGGCAUUCAAACCUGAAGGAAUUCACUGUGUGCAAGUUCAUGAUGUGAAGGAGCCAGUACUUGACUUGACAGCCAAUGCCAAAUGGGCCUGCUAUGUUUCUCAAGGAACAGGAGUUAAGGUAUACAGCUGGUCAGGGGUGGCGAAGCAUAUAAAUUUCCAUAAAUAUGUCAAAUGCCUUGCAAUGAUGGGGGAUAGUCUAUAUUGUGGUUGUUCUGGUUACAACAUCCAGGAAGUGGACUUGUGCAAAUUUACAUCAAGCACAUUCUAUUCGGGAACAAAAAAGUUGCUGGGAAGACAAAAUAUCUAUGCCUUACACAUACAUGAUGGUCUGCUCUUUGCUGGAGGCUCUGCAGUUGAUGGGACAGCAGGAAAGGUGUUCUGUCUGUCCACCAAGGCAGUACGGGGUUCGUUUUCAAGUGGAUUAGACAUCCAACGGAUGGCUAUAAACAAUGACUUGGUAUUUACAGCAACAAAAAGUGGAGAAAUUGAGGUUUGGUUAAGAGAAAGAGUAAGCAGGGUUACCUCUAUCAAAAUGCGAAGUGGGGGACAUGCAAAACUUACAUCUCUGAUUUCUGAUAUGGAUGGAGGAAUGCUUUAUGCCGCCUCCUCUGAGGGCAAAAUCCAGGCCUGGGCUAUCGACUAAGCAAGUGUUGUUUCUUCAUAAUGAUAAUAUCGUAUAUUCAAUGUGAAGGACAAUGAAUCAGCAGACAAUAGCUCCUGAACAUGUGUGGAUUAUAGGAGUGUUUAAACACAUUUCUAACACUGUCUUUGUCUUUGAUUCAAGUGUAUUUUACUUCUUAUUCAAUUAUUACAUAAUUAUUCAGUAUGCAACAAUUUUUUUAAUUCAAUAUUCGUAAAUCUAUAUACUUACAUGUCAUGAAUAAAUGCAAAUUCCUAUAACAUCUUUUCUUUCGUUUUUUUAACCUAAUUUAUGUU